GGCGGGGCUGGGCCCAGGCCGGCGGUCGGCAGCGCCAGUCUUCCAGGUAGCGCCGGCGGCUCCACGUCGCCAGGCGGCUUGCGUGCUGGCGCGGACGGAGCUCGGCCCGCGGCAUCCGUGAACCUAGGCCAGCCCUUCGGCUCCUCGAGGUCAUGGCGGGGCCGGGCCCGGGCCCGGGGGACCCGGACGAACAGUACGAUUUCCUGUUCAAGCUGGUGCUGGUGGGGGACGCGAGCGUGGGCAAGACGUGUGUGGUGCAGCGCUUCAAGACGGGAGCCUUCUCGGAGCGCCAGGGCAGCACCAUCGGCGUCGACUUCACCAUGAAGACGCUGGAGAUCCAAGGCAAACGAGUCAAGCUGCAGAUUUGGGACACGGCUGGCCAGGAGAGGUUCCGCACCAUCACCCAGAGUUACUACCGCAGUGCCAAUGGAGCCAUCCUUGCAUACGACAUUACCAAGAGGAGCUCCUUCCUGUCAGUGCCUAACUGGAUUGAGGAUGUGAGGAAGUACGCGGGUUCCAACAUCGUACAGCUGCUGAUCGGGAACAAAUCAGACCUCAGCGAGCACCGGGAGGUCCCACUGGCCGAGGCGCAGAGCCUGGCUGAGCACUACGACAUCCUGUGUGCCAUCGAGACGUCAGCCAAAGACUCGAGCAACGUGGAGGAGGCCUUCCUACGGGUGGCAACUGAGCUUAUCAUGCGGCACGGGGGCCCCAUGUUCAGUGAGAAGAGCACCGACCACAUCCAGCUGGACAGCAAGGACAUCAGCGAGAGCUGGGGCUGCGGGUGCUGACCAGGAUGGCGGGCACGCAGGCUGGGCCUCCCCACCUCUGUCUCUCACUGGCCUGCCAAACCAAGCCCCGAGCUGACCCUCCAGGGCACCAGUGGUUCUAGAGCAGCUGGAGAGAUCCUGGAACUACCCAUCCCAUGACCUGCAUCCUGGCAGGAAAGCGGCCUUUGAGGAAGCAAAAAGCAGGAAACCUCCUGCAGGGGCUGCUGGCACAGGGCGGGGUGUGGACCCACCCUGUAGCCCGAGGCCUUCCUUCAUGGUCUUCACAUUCCAGGACUGGCCUAAGCCGCCAGUGUGGACAGCAGUAGGGGGACUGGGAAGUGCCCCCUACUCCAUAUCUACUCCUUAGCAUUUCAUAUCUUGAGUUUGCUGCAGCUGUGGCAACAGGCAGCUGCUUUCUAGGGAUUUAGCUGGUGACCUGGGUGUUCAGGUCACUCCAGGGCCCCUGUGUGUAGCAGCAGAGAACAAGAGCUAUUCGGCAACCAGACCGACAGGCUGCCACAUGGGUCACUGGCCUGGAGUAGCCUCACCCCUCAGCUGAGGAACCUUCUUCCUUUCUUCACUGCCAGCUCUUGGUUCCCAGAUACCUCCUUGGGGCCUGGCUUGCUGCCUUAUACACGACCUCCUAUGUGCUCUGGUCUCCAGAGGAGCUUCUCAUUUUCACUGGCACCAAGUGUGGGGUCAUAGCCACAGCCCAGUGGGGACUGUCUGCUGGCUCGGGCCCAGAGUUUUGCCACUCAAGUUGCAAAACCAGCUAAUUCUUCAGCACUGGCUCACAGGAGCCUGAGCUGCGG